CGGUCAUCCCGCCUCGCCCCUCCCACCUGUGAUGUCACCCACCAGUGACGUGAGCCGUUUCCGCUUCCCGACGGUGCCGUUGCGAGGUUUCCAGAUGGCGGCGGCCGCCCUCGCGUGGUAGUUGAGACGGGGCGGGGCGUACGUGCGUGCCUGCCUUUGUGCGGUCAUCCCGCCCCGCCCCUCCCGUGAUGUCACCCACCAGUGACGUGUCGGGCAGCCGUUUCCGCUUCCCGACGGUGCCGUUGCGAGGUUUCCAGAUGGCGGCGGCCGCCCUCGCGUGGUAGUUGAGGCGGGGGAGGGAGGUGGGGCGUGGCGUAAGUGCGUGCCUGCCUUUGUGCGGUCAUCCCGCCCCGCCCCUCCCGUGAUGUCACCCACCAGUGACGUGUCGGGCAGCCGUUUCCGCUUCCGGACGGUGCCGUUGCUAGGUUUCAAGAUGGCGGCGGCGGCGGCUGGAGGGGGCCCCGGGGAUUGGUGGCGGCGGCGGCGGCGGAGGCGGAGAGGGCCCGGCUCGGUCCCCGGGCUGCAGGCCGCGCUGCUGCUGCUGGCGGUGUCGGUGUUGGGCUGUUCCCCGGGCGGUGCUGCGGCCGCGGGCGGGGGCGGGGCCGGGGGCCGGUACGGGCUGGGCGAGGCGGUCACCGUCUACGUGAACAAGGUGGGCCCGUACCACAACCCGCAGGAGACCUACCACUACUACCGCCUGCCCGUCUGCCGGCCCGAGCGCGUCCGCCACAAGAGCCUCAGCCUCGGCGAGCUGCUGGACGGCGACCGCAUGGCGGAGUCCCUCUACCGGCUCGCGUUCCGCCGCGACCACAGCAAGAGGGUCCUGUGUGAGCUGCGGCUGGAGCAGCGGGAGAUUGAGGAGCUGAAGGAGGCCAUCGAGGAGCUGUACUACUUUGAGUUUGUGCUGGAUGACAUCCCGAUCCGAGGCUUUGUGGGUUACCUGGAGGAGAGCGGCUUCCUGCCCCACACCCACAAGAUCGGCCUGUGGACCCACCUGGACUUCCACGUGGAGUUCAACGGUGACCGGGUCAUCUACGCCAAUGUCAGCGUGCGCAACGUCAAGCCCUUGAGCCUGGACGAGCUGCAGGCGCCGGCCAGCAUGACGCACACCUACAGCGUGUACUGGCACGAGACCAGCUUCCCGUACGAGCGGCGGGGCGAGCGCCUGCGGGACUCCAGCUUCUUCCCCCGCACCCUGGAGAUCCACUGGCUGUCCAUCAUUAACUCCAUGGUGCUGGUCUUCCUGCUGACCGGCUUCGUCGUCAUCAUCCUCAUGCGGGUGCUGCGCAACGACUUCGCCCGCUACAACCUGGAGGAGGAGGCGGCUGCCGAUGACUUCGACCAGGCCGACAACGGCUGGAAGAUCGUCCACACCGACGUCUUCCGCUUCCCCCCGCGCAAGAGCCUCCUCUGCUCCGUGCUGGGCGUCGGCACCCAGUUCCUCGCCCUGGGCACGGGCAUCAUCAUCAUGGCGCUGCUGGGCAUGUUCAACGUCCACCGGCACGGGGCCAUCAACUCGGCCGCCAUUCUCCUCUACGCCCUGACCUGCUGCAUCGCCGGCUACGUCUCCAGCAACUUCUACCGCAAGAUCGGGGGCGAGCGCUGGGUGUGGAACAUCGUCCUCACCACCAGCCUCUUCUCAGCCCCGUUCUUCCUGACCUGGAGCGUGAUCAACACGGUGCACUGGGCCAACGGCUCCACCCACGCCCUGCCGCUCGCCACCAUCCUGCUGCUGCUCACCGUCUGGCUGCUGGUGGGCUUCCCGCUCACCGUCAUCGGCGGCAUCUUCGGCAAGAACAGCGCCGCCGGCUUCGACGCCCCGUGCCGCACCAAGAACAUCGCCCGCGAGAUCCCGCCGCAGCCCUGGUACAAGAGCGUGCUCGUCCACAUGACCAUCGGCGGCUUCCUGCCCUUCAGUGCCAUCUCGGUUGAGCUGUACUACAUCUUUGCCACUGUGUGGGGGCGGGAGCAGUACACACUGUACGGGAUCCUCUUCAUUGUCUUCGCCAUCCUGCUGAGCGUCAGCGCCUGCAUCUCCAUUGCCCUGACCUACUUCCAGCUGUCCAGUGAGGAUUACCGCUGGUGGUGGCGCUCCAUCCUCAGCACCGGCUCCACCGGCUGCUUCAUGUUCCUCUACUCCGUCUUCUACUACUUCAAGCGCUCCAACAUGUCCGGCACCGUGCAGACGCUCGAGUUCUUCGGCUACUCCAUCCUCACCUGCUACGUCUUCUUCCUCAUGCUGGGCUCGGUCUCGUUCUUCGCCUCGCUGCAGUUCAUCCGCUACAUCUACGUCAACCUCAAGAUGGACUGACCUCAGAGGCAAUGAGUAAAUCUGGGAGCGCCCCCACCCACCAAGGGGAGCAUCACGCGUGCGACGCACACAGCUGAGGGAGCGCCUCCAGCUGCGGAACGUUCCGGAAUUCACGGCCAGCGGGAUCGUCGCCCCAGCGAGCGUGCAGCCAGGCACACGGUGUAAUAUAUGUAACAUUAUAAAUACGAUACAAUGAGGGUUGUGAAAUUUUAUACGCUGUGGACGGCUUGUAAAUUGGGUUUUGCGUGUUUUUUUUUACAGCCAAGUGCCAUGCUCCUGUUGUGCUUCCUCCUCGUUGCAAUCUGAAAUUUUAACUUUUAAUUUCAUCCCGUCCCGAAUUUUGAUUUCCAAACCAGGACACGGGUGUUUGCUUCUGGGAAAUGGAACACAGCGUCCCCGAUUCUCUCCUCUCCCUCCUUCGUGUCUCUCCCUGCGCCUGUUCUUUUGUAGCUGUCUUUUAUCACCAAUAAUAAUUAAAGAAAAAUUAAUUUUCA